AUGCUGUCUUCACGCAUCUCCCGUGCCCUUCCUCGCGCGGCUUUCGCUCGCUCUCCUGCAUCCAGAUUCCCCGUCGCCCGGCGAUGGAACUCAACGGAAGGCGAGAAGGUGAAGGGCCAGGUCAUUGGUAUUGACUUGGGUACCACCAACUCUGCUGUUGCGAUUAUGGAGGGCAAGACCCCUAAGAUCAUUGAGAACGUCGAGGGUGCCCGCACAACCCCCUCUGUCGUUGGUUUCGCCCAGGAUGGUGAGCGCCUUGUCGGUAUUGCCGCCAAGCGCCAGGCUGUUGUCAACCCCGAGAACACUCUUUUCGCUACUAAGCGUCUCAUUGGCCGCAAGUUCACCGACCCCGAGGUUCAGCGCGAUAUUAAGGAGGUUCCCUACAAGAUUGUCCAGCACACCAACGGUGAUGCCUGGGUUGAGGCCCGUGGUCAGAAGUACUCUCCUUCCCAGAUUGGUGGUUUCGUCCUCAACAAGAUGAAGGAGACUGCCGAGGCCUACCUGGGCAAGCCCGUCAAGAACGCCGUUGUCACCGUUCCCGCCUACUUCAACGACUCUCAGCGUCAAGCUACCAAGGACGCCGGUCAGAUUGCCGGUCUCAACGUCCUGCGUGUCGUGAACGAGCCCACCGCUGCUGCUCUUGCCUAUGGUCUGGAGAAGGAGGCUGACCGUGUUGUCGCCGUCUACGAUCUUGGUGGUGGUACCUUCGAUAUCUCCGUCCUGGAGAUCCAGAAGGGUGUCUUCGAGGUCAAGUCUACCAACGGUGACACUCACCUUGGUGGUGAGGACUUCGACAUUACUCUUGUCCGUAACAUUGUCGAGAACUUCAAGAAGGAGUCCGGUGUCGACUUGUCCAACGACCGCAUGGCUAUUCAGCGUAUUCGUGAGGCUGCUGAGAAGGCCAAGAUUGAGCUUUCUUCCUCCCUUCAGACUGAAAUCUCUCUGCCCUUCAUCUCUGCUGGCCCCAGUGGUGCUCUCCACAUUAACCAGAAGAUGACUCGCGCUCAGCUCGAGGCUCUCGUUGACCCCCUGAUCACUCGCACUCAGGAGCCCGUGCGCAAGGCUCUCAAGGACGCCAACCUGAAGUCCAGCGACAUCCAGGAUAUCAUCCUCGUCGGUGGUAUGACCCGUAUGCCCAAGGUCACCGAGUCCGUCAAGUCUAUGUUCGGCCGUGAGCCCUCCAAGUCCGUCAACCCUGACGAGGCUGUCGCUAUCGGUGCUGCCGUUCAGGGUGCUGUUUUGGCUGGUGAGGUCACUGAUGUCCUCCUGCUCGACGUUACCCCCCUGUCUCUCGGUAUCGAGACCCUUGGUGGUGUGUUCACUCGUCUGAUCAACCGCAACACCACCAUCCCUACCAAGAAGUCCCAGACCUUCUCCACUGCCGCUGAUAUGCAGACUGCUGUGGAGAUCAAGGUCUACCAGGGUGAGCGUGAGCUCGUCAAGGACAACAAGCUCCUUGGUAACUUCCAGCUCGUUGGCAUCCCCCCUGCCCACCGUGGUGUUCCCCAGAUCGAGGUCACCUUUGACAUCGACGCCGACUCCAUCGUCCACGUCCACGCCAAGGACAAGUCUACCAACAAGGAUCAGUCCAUCACCAUUGCCUCCGGCUCUGGUCUCUCCGAUGCCGAGAUCCAGAGCAUGGUUGACGAGGCCGAGAAGUACGGUGAGGCCGACAAGGAGCGCAAGGCUGCCAUCGAGGCCGCCAACCGCGCUGACAGUGUCCUGAACGAUACCGAGAAGGCCCUCAAGGACUUCGAGGACCGUCUCGACAAGACCGAGGCCGAGUCCAUCCGCGAGAAGAUUGCUACCCUCCGCGAGUUCGUUGCCAAGAACCAGUCUGGCGAGGGUACCGCUACCGCUGAGGAGCUCAAGGCCAAGGUUGAUGAGCUCCAGACUGCUUCCCUGACCCUGUUCGACAAGAUGCACAAGGCUCAGAACGAGCAGCAGCAGCAGCAGCAGCAGGGUGAGAACAAGCAGUAA